CAGAAAGCGCCGUAGACGUUAGCAAACCAGUUAGCUCCGUUAGCCCGCAAUUUGAAAGGAGCUUACUGACAGCUUCGUAGCUCGUGUGGGCCAAUGUUUUGUCUUGGUAAAUGACCCAGCAGCACCUCUGGUUCCUAGCAGCUGUUUGGGUUAGUCCUGGCUCGCCUUCAUUAUGACAGAGGAAGAUGAUUUACCAGCCAACUUUUUGACAGAGAAGAUGCAGCACAGCAGUGGAGAGCUGGUCCCUCCCGACGGCCUGUGUUGGUUGUCAGUGCUGUUCUGUCUGAUGCUGGCUUGUUUUUAUGUUGGCAGCUUAUAUGUGUGGAGGAGUCACCUGCCGAGGGACCAUCCUGCUGUCAUAAAGAGACGCUUCACCAGCGUCCUGAUUGUGUCAGGGCUGUCGCCCCUGUUUGUGUGGGCAUGGAGAGAAUCUGCAGGCGUCGUGAACGGCCCGUCUUUGCUGGUUCUCAUGGGAAUCCGGUUUGAAGGCCUCAUUCCUGCCAUCAUACUUCCUCUGCUCCUCACCAUGGUCCUGUUUCUGGGCCCACUCAUGCAGUUGGCCAUGGAUUGUCCGUGGAGCUUCAUCGAUGGGAUCCGGGUGGCCUUUGACCCGUGGUUCUGGAUGUUGUGUGCCAACGAUAUGCGGUGGCUGAGGAAUCAAGUGGUGGCGCCGCUAACUGAGGAGCUGGUGUUCAGAGCAUGCAUGUUGCCCAUGUUGGUGCCCUGUGCUGGUCCCUCUACUGCUAUCAUAACCUGCCCCCUCUUUUUCGGAGUGGCUCACUUCCACCAUGUGAUUGAGUUGCUGAGGUUCAGACAGGGCACUCUGUUGGGUAUUUUCCUCUCUGCAGUGUUUCAGUUUUCCUACACGGCAGUGUUUGGAGCCUACACAGCCUUCAUCUUCAUCAGAACAGGCCACCUGAUUGGUCCGGUACUUUGCCACUCCUUCUGUAACUACAUGGGUUUCCCUGCCAUCAGCACAGCUCUGGAGCACCCUUACCGACUCACUGUCCUCUCCUCCUAUUUGCUGGGGGUCCUCCUCUUCUUUCUCCUUCUGUUCCCCUUCACCGACCCCUCCUAUUACAGCCUCCCAGUCUGCACCCUCACCUCCUUUCCCAGUUCCUCCUGCCUCUCCUGAUCCUUGUCCCACCCUCACAUUUCUACUGUUGUCAAGAAGUAAUUGAGGGUGUUUUUGCUUUUUUGACUUUUUUUUUUCCUCAUUAGCGUUAAGAGUUAAGGUCUGUUGGGCCAACAGUGACGACUCGUUGCCACAGAGAGGGGAGGAACUCUGUAGACCCGUUCCUCGGUCUGUAGACACUUUGUCUGUCUGUAUUUAUGUGGCACCAGUCCUGUAACUGGUUCUCAUGGUGUGCAGAAGUUAGAGUCGCGUUGCUGAGACUAAGCUGAGAAUAAACUGGGACAGCCGAUUUCCAAAGACAGCUAAUGUGUCCUACACUGCCACACAGAUACAGGAUAGUGCAGCAGAACUGACAUAACACAGAUGAGCAAGUUCUCCUUAGAAUGCUGGUACAUCUCUGUGAUAAGGUACCACAGUGUACUCUGUGAUGGACUCCAUUCGGUCUGACUCGUUUCCCGUGAGUCUGCUUUGCUGCACCUCAUGUUUUCAUUAUUACGAUGGCUGCAAUCACAUCACUGACAUCACAGGACAGGUUGGAAACGUACUUCCUGCUCCUUUCACCUGGCUCGUUGUUUGUGAGAAACAUGACUAAUUUAUAUUUUCAACUAAUAGUCCGUUGUAUAUUGCGUAUAUGCAGAGCGAUUGCUAAGUUGCUCACGUCAGUUGCUAAUUAUUUUCACUUUCAUGCCAGUUUUCCACGGCAGGUUCCAGUUUGUAAUCUAGUCUCUGUUUAAAAUGAGAUUUCUUAGACUUUCCUACAUCGUAUGUGUGCAGACUGAGUAGGACUCAUUUAAUUUAGCUUCAACUAAAUAAAACUCCAACACUUUGGGCAUAAUUUAAGAGAGAAGCAAGCAACGUGAACACGCUUUACUACAAACAAGAGCUAGUCAGUGUUGCUGAAAUUAGUCACCAGUACAUGCCCAAAGGACAAAAGGUUUGUUGCUGUUUUAACCGUCGUUCGCCAUCAGCAGGCAGAAAUAGAAGCACUCAGGAUUGUCGCUGUUGAUGGCGCCCUCUUAAAUAAACCAGAUUAUGUAAACUACUUAUUUUUACAUCAUAUUGAAGCCAAACAAAUACAUUCAGCAAAAACUGAAUAAAACUCAAGUAAACAGGAAGCUUUGAGUAAAUCUCAGUGACCUCAAGGUCAGAGGUCAGGUUCUCUAACACUCUUGUGAACACAAAAACGAUAUCAUAACUAAGUCGUCUAGGAUUUUCAAAUCGAUACAGUUGGUGCGUCUACUGAAAAUCCUGAAAGAGUUUGAUUCUCAGUGAGCUUGACCUCAGGGUCGGAGGUUUGAUAGCAAAUGUGCAGCUAUAAGUAGCUCUGGCAGCAGCUGGUAUUUUUAAAGAGGGUAGCAUCUGUGACCAGUCAGUGACUAAUAAGAUGAUAAGCCCCAACUGGGAAACUCCUGAAUUGAACCCUGAACGGCACAAUGUGCAAUGUACAGAGGUACAUUUCAUUAAAGUGCAAAGUGGUUUAACUAUUACCUGACCUGUGCAUGAUUAAGAAUAAUCACGAGAGAAUAGUUACAGCAAUCAAACUCAAGCUUUAGCUGUUUGCACCAGACGUCUGUGACAUAACAGUGUGCCCUGAUGCUUGUUCUUAGUGACAGACUGGUACAGUCGCCCAGUGUCUCUGCUUGCUUCAUGUCCACUAGUCAGCCAGUCACAGGUUAAAGCUAAUGUGAGACUGGAGAAAACAAACAACUAAACAAAAACCCAGAAAACUUGAAGACACAAAGCUGCACUCUUACUGUGAGGACAAAGUAGAUUGCUCUGACCUUCAGCAAUAAGUCCUACGUAUGGAAAAGCUUGUAGAUUGAUCUUCAGUCAGUGAAAUAUGCCAUUUUUGUUCGUAUCUAAUUCCAAACAUUUUUCAUGUGGCGUGUUUUGUCUUGGCCUUACCUCCCUGAAGCUGUCAGUCGAGGGCAAUAACUACACAACCCUGGUUGUGUAGUUAUUGCUCCCAGUACUACACAACCAGUUACAAUAU